GUUUUUUGUCGUCGUUCUUCGUUGCUGAAGUUCUCUCGUAACUAAACUUGUCGCAAUGGGUCAUCAAAAUAUCUGGUAUUCUCACCCCAGGAAAUACGGACAGGGAUCUCGAUCGUGCCGCGCUUGCGCCAACGGACAUGGUCUGAUCAGGAAGUACAGUUUGAACCUCUGCCGUCAGUGCUUCAGGGAAUAUGCCUCCGAAAUUGGAUUCAAGAAGUUGGAUUAUUGUACGGCCAUUCCAUGAAAACUGAUUCAUUUUAUAUCACCAAAACUCAAAUUGAUGGAGU